GAAAUCCAAAAAGCCGAAAAAGAGCAAAACCGAAGCAUGCAAUCCAACGACUCUCAUUUUAAUAUCAAAUCCAAAACAACAAAUCGAACGGUCAAGUGUGCCAUCCAAUUAUUCAAACAGUCAACACAAAUUAUCUUAAACCCAUUUAUGCUAAUAAAAUAUCAUUAGAUCUUAUCGGGCUCCGUCCCGUAUUUAACCGCAUCGCCGCAUAAUCAUCUUCCUCAGCGAAACAAGUAAACAAGAUCCGUGAUUUGGCGCCCGUUUGGUUACGAUGAUUAUGUCAAUCCUAUUCCGUACGUAUUCUUUUCCUAUCCUGGUCGAGGCUAAGGAUAUCCACCUUACGGGAUUAUCACCGUCGUCGAAAACGAGACUCGAUUCGACGAUUCGCUGUUCUUGGCGCAGCGACGCCUACAUACCAAAGCUCGAGCCUUAUAGCAGAACAAAAUUCGAGCGUGCCGUCAAAGAGCCUCCCUUGAUUGAGAAAUCCGAGAACGAGCUCGCUGAUUAUUGUUCGACUCUUGAAGGAGACGAUUCUUAUAGUUGCUGGAGAGCUUAUUUCGAACUGAAAGAUCUUGAGGCAAAUUUCUUAGAUUUCAAGUUUAAGUACUUAAGAUAAUUGCACCUGUUUGGAUGAUGAGAAAAUUAAAUCUAGAAGAAAGAAAAUAAGAGAAAAUUAAAAAUGAUUUUUAUGGCAUAAUUCAUUUUUUCUAUAAUUUCAUUAACAGAAUGAGACACUGAAAGAAGAUAUAGAGAAUUUAAUUCUUCAAGCAGAGGGAAUGACUCGUAACGCAACUCUUUUUUUAUCUCAGAUUAUGGCAUUUUUUAUUAAAAAAAAAGGCAAAAUGACUGUUUGUUGUUGAAAGUUUGCCAGAUUGAUAUUUUUCAUUGCUAAUAUUUGUAUAAAUAGUAAAAAUUUUCUUUAUUUUGCACUGGCAUAAGAACCAAUACUUAUCGUUUUGUACCAUGGAUUGGUUGCCCAACAUGUUUUUGAAAGCUUUGAGUCCAAUUUCAAUCUCCAUUAACCUAGUUAAAAAGAACUGUGAUUCCUUGCAUUGUAAUUAACAAAUUGAAGGAGUCAAAUACAGGCAAGCUACACGAAAAAGAGCAGAAGUAAGAAGGUUUAGUUUAGCAUUACUCGCCAGAAAAAAUGUGU